AUGGCCGUCUCGUCCUUCCAUUGCGCUUCGAUCUUCUCCUCCUCAGCCUCCAUCCCCGCCUUCCAAUGCCGUCCCGAUCCAGAUCUGGCCGGAUCUCCGAUCGGAGGAUCAUCUCGCCGCCGUUUCAAUGCCACGGCCGGUAUGUCGUCGUCAUUCACCGGCGACGGUCGGAUUUCCUCAAUGAUCCUGAGGUUUCCCCCUAAUUUCGUCCGUCAGCUGAGCAUCAAAGCCCGCAGAAACUGUAGCAACAUCGGUGUCGCGCAGAUCGUGGCGGCGAAGUGGUCCAACAACCCAUCCUCCGGGUUACCAUCGGCGGCGGCGGCUGCCUCGUCUGCUCCUGCGGUUUCUUCCACCGCAGCUGCAGCCGCAGCCUCGUCUGCUGCCGCCGCCGCCGCUUCCGCCACCGUUCCUCCCGUCGUGCUGAAAAGCGUCGAUGAGGAGGUUGUGGUGGCCGAGGGGAUUAGGGAGAUAGGUAGUGUACAGUUGAAGGAUUCGAAACCCUCAUUCUUGAGCUCCGAUGGGAGCCUGACUGUCCAUGCCGGUGAGAGAUUAGGUCGUGGCAUAGUGACGGAUGCUAUCACCACUCCUGUAGUCAACACAUCUGCCUACUUCUUCAAGAAAACUGCUGAGCUUAUUGACUUCAAGGAGAAACGGAGUGCAAGUUUCGAAUACGGUCGUUAUGGAAACCCUACGACUGUGGUACUUGAGGAGAAGAUAAGUGCACUUGAAGGUGCUGAAUCAACCUUGGUUAUGGCGUCUGGGAUGUGUGCAAGCACUGUUAUGCUUUUGGCAUUGGUUCCUGCUGGUGGACACAUUGUGACCACUACGGAUUGCUACAGGAAAACAAGAAUCUUCAUGGAGAAUUUUCUUCCCAAGUUGGGGAUCACUGUCACUGUGAUUGAUCCUGCUGAUAUCGCGGGGCUUGAAGCUGCUGUGAAUAACUACGAAGUUUCUCUGUUCUUUACUGAGUCCCCAACAAACCCAUUCCUUAGAUGUGUCGACAUUGAGCUAGUUUCAGAAAUAUGCCACAAGAGGGGAACACUUGUUUGCAUCGAUGGCACCUUUGCAACACCUCUGAAUCAGAAAGCCCUUGCUCUUGGUGCUGAUCUUGUUUUGCACUCUGCUACAAAGUACAUCGGAGGACACAAUGAUGUUCUUGCUGGAUGCAUCUGUGGCUCACUGAAGGUGAUUUCAGAAAUUCGCAAUCUGCAUCAUGUGUUGGGAGGCACACUUAACCCGAACGCUGCGUACCUAAUCAUCCGAGGCAUGAAGACAUUGCAUCUUCGUGUACAGCAACAGAAUUCCACUGCCUUAAGGAUGGCCGAAGUUUUAGAGGCACAUCCUAAGGUGAGUCAUGUAUACUAUCCAGGCCUGCCAAGUCAUCCAGAGCAUCACAUCGCCAAGCGACAAAUGACUGGUUUUGGAGGUGUGGUCAGUUUCGAGAUUGAUGGAGACAUUGAGACAACAAUCAAGUUUGUGGAUUCUCUCAAGAUUCCUUACAUAGCACCAUCUUUUGGUGGCUGCGAAAGCAUCGUGGACCAACCGGCCAUUAUGUCCUACUGGGAUCUGACGCAAGAGGAGAGGCUAAAGUAUGGAAUCAAAGACAACUUGGUUCGUUUCAGCUUUGGAGUUGAAGACUUUGAAGAUGUCAAAGCUGACGUUCUUCAAGCUCUCGAAGCCAUCUGA